AUAAACUCAAAAAAUGCGGUUACGUUAAAGAGCCGAGCGUUGUACACUAUGCGCAGUGUCAUUAGCAAUAGCCGAACAGGAGAAUCUUUGUACGUUUUUAUUCACGAAAACCAUUCAAAAUCACUCAAUGGAUUACGAAAAACAAAAAGAUGAGGUCACUGCUUUGGAAAGUAUUUAUAAUGAAGAAGAAUUUUCAUAUCACGAGGAAAAUGGUCAAUUCAAUUGCAAAAUGAAUAUAUUUUUGAAUCUUCCAGAAAAUUAUCAUUUAAAAUAUAAAGAUUUGAGGCAAAAGACAGGAUCUGUACAGGAAGUGCAGAUAUCGUAUUUGCCACCCUUAACAUUGCAUGUUACCUUGCCAAAGGAUUAUCCAUCUGUAUCUCCACCUUCAUUUAUUUUAUGUUCCUCCUGGUUGCGAUCAGUAGUGUUAUCCAAGUUAUGCAAGAAGCUCGACUUGUUAUGGAAGAACAACAAGCAGGAGAUCUUGUUCACAUGGAUGGAAUUCCUGCAAGAUGAAACACUUAAAUCUUUAAAAAUAAAAAAUUAUUUAGACAUGGAUCACAUAUAUACUUCUUAUAAAAUAACAUUGGAGAAAUUGCAAAAUUUGCAAGCAGACAAAGAAACGGAUGAGCCUAACAAGCAAUGUAAUAGUAAAGUCAGUAAAAAGAAUGCUAUAGCAAAGAAAAAUGCCAAGAGAAAAGCCAUUGACAAAAGAGCUAUCUUGAAUAACCCAAUUGGUACAAAUCCUAUCCAAGUAUUGGUUGAUUACAAUGAGAACCGAAAGCAAAUUGAAUUUAAAAAGAAUUUUUAUACCUGUAAUAUCUGCUUUACUGAUAAAUCGGGAGAGCAUUGUACACAGUUUUUGCCUUGUAAUCACAUUUUCUGUAAAGAUUGUAUCAAGGGGUACUUUGAAGUCAAAAUCAAGGACGGAAGUGUGAUGAAUAUCUGUUGUCCUGAGGAAAAGUGUAAAUUUGAAGCAACACCUGGACAGAUUAAAGAUUUAGUAAGUUCAGAGUUGUUCUCCAAGUAUGAUUCUUUACUGUUAAAUACUACAUUAGACACUAUGAUGGAUAUAAUUUAUUGUCCAAGACGGAAUUGUCAAUAUCCUGUCACUCGAGAUCCCGAUGAACAUGUGGCAACAUGUCCAGUUUGUCAAUAUUCCUUCUGUGUUUAUUGCAAGAUGGUUUAUCAUGGUGUGGAACCAUGUAAAAUUAGUUCAGCGGAAGAACAGCAAUUAGUGAAGGAAUACCAAUCGGCCAGCAAUGAAAGGAAGGCUGAACUAGAGAAGCGUUAUGGCAAGAAACGGCUUCAGAUAAUAAUAGAAAACGCUUUAUCUAAAAAUUGGAUAAAUGACAAUAGUCGCAAUUGUCCUCAUUGCAAGACCGCAAUCGAGAAAUCAGAUGGCUGCAAUAAGAUGACUUGUUCGCACUGUGGCACGUAUUUCUGUUGGCUAUGCAAUGCACGGCUCAAUCCCGAGGCGCCUUACUUACAUUUCCGGAGUUCGGAAUCCACAUGUUACAAUAUGUUGUACCACGGUAUGAUACCCGAUGAGCCGGAUGACGAUGAUGAUUUCGAUCCUUACGCCGAAUACCUGGGAUACUAUCACGAUGAUGAAUACUUUUCCGAAUAUUCUUCCGACGAAUACUCUUCUGAUGAAGAAUACUACACCGGUGAAGAAUACCAUAAUUAAGAUCUUUUCUUGGAGACGGAGAACUAAACAAUGCUGUUAAAUCCCACAUUAACGAAACAUAUAAUCUCACUGUGUUCGUUGGUUUGUUCUUUUCAAAGAGAUGCUGUUUAUUAAAUAUCACGGUCUUAUAACUUAUAGCUGUUCGGACUAUUGCUAUCGCAGUAGAAUUGCGUAAUGAUUAAAGUAUAAUCGACGUUAGUUUAUGGUUAAAACUGUAGUUAAAAAAUAAUUUAUUAUAUGUCGCACGUUAUAUCUAUUUUUCAUAAUUAUUUUUGUAAUGUUGUUUUGACAAAAAUUUAAAGUUUCUGCGUUGUUAUAACAAAUUUUAAUUCAAUUCUAGGAAUAGGUUUUUAUGAACACAAGUAUGAAUUUGCUGUCAGAGGAUUGCUACUGUAAAACAGAAUAUUGCAAAAUACACAAAUUAUUUUUCCAAUCAUUAA